AUGUUUCUUAUAGAUGCAUCAGCCCCGCCGUCGGAUUUAGACGCCUCUACCGUUCUUCAACUGGAUGCUCUCUGCCGCCAAUGGAUGUUUUCCACCAUGGCCAAAGUUUUGAUGCUUACUGUUCUCAAAUCCGGAAACACAGCGAAAAAAAUUUGGGAUCAUCUUCAACAUCUUUUCCAAGACAACAAAGGUAGUCGUGCCGCAACGCUUGAGAGUAAGUUUGUAAAUCUCAAAUUUAUUGAUUGCAUUGAUGUUGAUGAUUACUGUGAUAAGCUAAAGGCACUUGCAAGCCGAUUAAGUGACCUUGAUUUUUCCAUGAAUGAUAAACGAUUGGUAAUCCAACUUGUCAAUGGACUUCCGGAGGAGUAUAAUACCGAUGCUUCGUUUAUUCAACAAUCCAUGCCAUCGUCUGACGCCACUCGGUCUCAAUUACGCACCGAAGAAAUUCGACGUGAACAACAAUCGAAUUCCGGCUCUCAUACUGCCCUUGCUGCUGCAAAACUCGAUCUCCAUUCACCUGUUGCUGCUGACCCUCGUCGUCGUGAACAAAAACUGGUGACGCCUGAGCGAUACCCAACUGCCCCAAGCCCACACUAUGCUGUCCCAACUGAUGACCAGCCCAGCUUCACUAUGGUCCGAGAGGCACCUCUCUUGCCAACCCCAGCAGGCCCAAGACACUCAUACCCAUCUCCUCAACCGUACCCAUCAGCUCGCAGCAACUGGAGUCCUCACUGGGCCUCUCCACCGAGCCCGUACCCCACUGCACCAAGCCCACAUUAUGCUGCCCCUUACUGGGCUUCUCAACACACAGCUUCUGGACGUGGCCGUGGUCGCCAACACCGUGGCCGUGGCCGUGGUCGCGGUCGCAGCACCUUGCCAGCCCGUUCACCGCAAGCUUUCCUCACUCCCACCACUGAAUACCUACAGCCGACGGACAUUGCCGAGGCCUAUAGUUCCAUGAGCCUCCACACGCCGGAUGAUGCUUUCUACAUGGACACGGGUGCAACAUCACAUAUAACGUCCGAUCCAGGUACUUUACAAAAUGUCUCUCACUCUAGCAGUAUUCGUUCUAUCGUGGUAGGAAACGGCAAUAGCAUUCCAGUCUCUGCUAGCGGCUCUAAGCUUCUAAAUCUUCCAUCCCAUCUUCUUGUCCUCAACGAUACUCUUGACUUGAGUUCGAGGAAGACUAUCCUACGAUGUGCUAGUUCUGGGGAGCUCUAUCCUAUAACCACUUCUGUCGUGUCUGCUUCAUCUUCGUCAUCUAAGCACAACCUUUCUCUUGCCGUAUGUUCACCUGACAUUUGGCAUCGUCUCUUUGGUCAUCUUGGCAAGGCUGUUUUAGAUACCUUACGCUCUCAGUUUUUCAUUCAAUUGAUUUAUGGACGUCACCGUUUAACAUAG